AUGACGACCCAGUCACAUGUCAGACAGACCAUGGACACAGUGGACAAGUACAAGGGCCGCAUCAUCAGUGCAGGGCAAAGGUAUGGAGUGGACCCAGCUGUCCUCAGUGGUAUCGUCUCUAGAGAGUCCAGGGGAUGGGCGUUGGCAGCCUACAAUAUGGGGGCUGGCAGCAUCUCCUCAUAUGAGCAGGUGGACGCUAAAACCACUGGAGGGAAUUAUGCCAAUGAUGUUGUUGCCAGAGCUGAAUAUUUGAAAAAAACAUGGCUAUUAAAAGUCUCACAGGCUGACUGA